CCUACUUUCUGGUUGAGUUGGACGUAUUUAACGUACUUGAGCGGACGAUUUUUGCCAAGGUAAAGUCAUCCAUUUACUAUAAACUUUCCAACUUGAUCCCUGUAACUAAUAGCGAGGAAAAUGUGUCUGUAGAGCCAAGUUGUUUAGCCUCGUGGCUUAGUGCUUCGGUUCUUGUGGAUUUACAUUUUCGAAUUUUUGGCGAAUCGGUGCUCAUAGUUAUACUUAAUACCUCCACAUCCACCCGCUUUUGAUGUUUGGCUACUCAUUCCUUACCAUUUUUCCGGAUUCGGCUUUAAGGACAGAAUACUCACCUAAGUUUCAGCCUUCAAAGCGUUUCCUAACCAUAUGAAACUCGAAAAUCGAGCAAUGACGCUGCCAUUUUGGAUGGCGUAAUUUCUCAACCUUGCUGGGAAAUAAACCUGGUUGCCGUAAGGGCCGUAUCGCUUCGAGCGAGAACGUGUGUGUUGAUAGGAACGAUGCGUCUGAAAGACUAAACAGUUUGAAAUGGUCGACUGCGUUCGUAGUGAAUUCAGAGAAACUGCACGAGAGUGCAGCUGUUGUCUCGAACAGCCCGAAUCAGAAGGCAGGUUUUACGGAGUUUAUCUCAUGAACAUUGUACUCACUGCACACAUCACGCUGCAUACAAGAAUAUCGUUGGGAAUCGAACUUUGCCAGAAUCUGACAUGUGUUAUAAUUCUCUCGUAUCAAACCUGGCCAUAAUAGAGCUUCGAAUUUUCUUCUACUUGGUUUUUAUAUUAUCAUAAUUGUUGUUUUUUUUUCUAUAAUUUUUUUUACAAAUCGAGCUAUCACCCCACUUGUAAAUAAACAUUGAUGGUGGUUCAGUUUUAGUCUCAAAUACCAUGAAACAAACUCUUGAAUUAACGACUGUUUGGACUUGAUUCACCUGGUUAAUAAUUGUUAUGAAAUGUGUCUAUUGUGCCAAAACGUAUAACUCCUGGCUUAGUGCUUCAAUUAAUGCUUUCUGCAUGUUGGUUAAAGAUGUUUGUAUUUUUGGAACCAUCUACUUAUCAGUAUUCAGACCAUUAUGUUUUCACAUUCGGUAGUAUUUGAUGUGUGUUCACCAACUGUCUACUAUUUUGCCAAAUUUUGCCAGAUUUGCUUAGAAAAUUAGGGAAAUUCUCAAGAUAAUAUCUUCUGUGCCAAGGGACAGUGAAAACAAGUAAUUAAUUAAAAUUAGAUGUAGAGAAUUAGCACCAUAAUAAAGAAAGGUGUGAAGGAUCAUUUUUUCACUUGAAUUAUAUCAUAUAUUUCCUCACUCCUAUCAGAGUGAAAUUCCCCCAGUAGCAAUGAAAUUACAAUAUGAUUCAGAUGGCUUCUUGUUUUACCUUUAAAAAUGCACAAGAAACCUUUAAUCCUAUUUUGUCUACCAAAAUUUACCAUUGUCGGCUAAACAAGGUUGAGAAAGAUGGUCAAAGCAUUUAAUUACACAAGAGGAGGCUUUCAGAAAGAUAGUGGCCUCAUAGAAUUAAAAAAGGUUCCCUUAUUGUCUGCUAUAGUACCACUCAACAUUGAGUUGACAGUUUUGACUUGAAACUCCAUUCUCAAUCCUUGAAACUGUUGAGAAUCAGGGAUCAAGAAUGGAGGAUCAAGACCCUCCAAAAGCUUUUUUUUUCAGGAUUUUGAUCUACAGUUUUAAGGUAAUGAUUUCACUCUUGCAAGCAAAACAAUAGCAAAGGACAAAGUACUUGAAACAUGAAUUCUUGAUCACACUUGAAUCAAGUAUUUCAAAUCUCUAGCAUUUCUGAUACUAAUAAAAACAGCAUACCAAAUAAUAUAAAUGUAAACAAACAUAUUCCCAAGGAACGGAGAGGAGAGGUCUAGUUUUGUGAAUGUAGUAUGCAGAGGAACAAUUCUUGAUUAUCAUGGGGAGAUCAUUCACAUAUUGUAUAUUCUUUACAGUACUGGGCAGAGGAUACUGUUUCAAAUGGAAUUGUUCAGACAAUGGAUGGCUUCACAAUACAAAGGAUGUGUGUAAAGGAAUGUUGUUACAUUCACACACAAGAAAAUCAAUCUUAUUUACUUUUUCAGGACCCACAGAUUUAAAAAAAAGGCAUUAAAUUAAUUUGCUACAGCUAUUUUGUUCUUGCCAUUGGUUUUUUUGUUUGUGGCCUAGAACAUUUUUAUAUUGCAUUGCCUGUAAUAAUCAUAAGUAUUUCUCUAUAGGAGACAUGACUUCAUGGCUUCUGUAACAUCAUCAUACCCUUAUACGAAAGAAACCUUAAAUUAUGCCAAGCUGUGUCGCCUUCUUGUUGAGGUGGGAUCUCUUGUGUUAAGGGAUUCUUUUGACAAAGUAUGUUCACCAGCAAACCUUCACGCAGUUCUGGCUCAUCCUUCAAACCAAGCAAAAUUACUAACACUUAGAAAGAAGAGAGUCCUGAAUAUCUCCCAGUGGUACAGACUGUAUCCUGCCAUCAGAUCAUCAGUUUCAUCAAAGUUCUUAGACAGCUCCCUACUGCUGCUACUUCUAAGGAAUAUCUUUGGUCUGACUCUCCCUGCCUCCAGCUUGAAUAACCUUCCACCAUGGUCAGAUACUUCUACAGUAGCUGACAUCACUCGCAUCAAGUUCUUUAGGGACAAAAUUUAUAGUCUUGUUACGCAGGCUUCAGUUGAUGAUCCAACCUUUAGUUUGUACUGGAACAACAUCAAAGAAACCUUUCUGCGUAUUGGAGGGGCCCAUUAUGAGAAUAUCAUCAAUGAUCUUGAAACUGACAGUAUGGACCCAGAUAUAGAGGAUCAUUACCGAGUUCUUUUCAGAGAGUGGUUGAAGGAGGAUGACUGUAUCACAGACAAAUCACAUGAAGAUGAAGCAGUCAAAAAGGCCUCUAAGGAAGAGGUCAUGGAAGGUUCCAUUGGCAUUUCUGGACAAAAAUCAGGGAUUGAAGGUGUGUGUAACUUUUGUCAAUACUGAGUCUUAAACAUGCAGUACUGUUCAGAGAUAUGUUGACCAAAAAACACGUGUAAAACAGGCCAAAAAGUGCAUGUCAGUGCAAUAUAAAAAUAUGCUUGUCAAAAAAUCACACUUGGGUGCAUAAGCUUGAUACAUCUGCCUCAGUGUGUAGGAGGUAGGCCUUUUGUUUUGCUAUUGUUGAUGGUUUAUUGUUUUAAAGAAUGGGCUCCAAUGUAAUAGCACUAAAAUACUACAUGGCUACCAAGUAAAUUGGUUCACUUCAAUCACCAUUUGAACCAACCUUCCCAAUUUGCAGUUGCAUACUAAUGCAACCUUUAUAAUUGGAAUAUAUAAAUGAGUGCUCAUUUUCCAAUGGAAUUCUUUUAUCAAAAUAGCUAUAUCUCACUUUGCAUAAAAAAAAAAACAUCCAUUGCAAUGGCUUGGGUAUGCGUCCAAAAUAGAUUUAUUCCCAGUGUAUCAUAUUUCAGCAGAAUCAGCUAAGGUGCCUAUUUGUAACCAGUUGCUGCAUUCUGAAUACAAACCCACAUGCAAAUGCUCAUUUCAUAGCUUUUAUUGUCAGUAAACAUGCUUUACUCGAAAACUGGUUUAUUCAUCAUGCUUAUUAUACAAAAAACUGAGAAGUUCUACUUGCUUAUUGUAAUAAUUUGGUUACCUGUCACAACUUCAUGACUCUGAAAACUGAUUUGCUUCUCAUUCUAUUAUUUGUCAAAUCAUUACUCAAUGUUCACCAAAUUGCUCAAAAGAGGAAGGGAAAAAAAUUAAAUGCAGGAUACUUAUUGAUACAUGUGGUGAUCAUAGGUAAGUUUGAAGUUUUGAAUCAAUCAUCACAUGUGAUGCAAACACCAAAUUGUUUACAUUCCAGUGUGUAAACAUUCAAGGGAGUGUGUGUAAACAUUAAAUUCCAAUGAUUAAAUUGGGAAGCAUAUGAGUGAGUGUGUUGCAAUGCCUUGUGUAAGUGGCAUUUUCCUUUCCCUUCUGAUCCAUCAACAACUCAGAUCAAGCAAAUCUACUGCUACUGCUCAUUAUUUGAUAAAUUUACUAAGCAAUACAACAUGUAUGAGUGUAAUGUGAUAGCUUUUUUCAUUAUAUAAUUUUCCAUAUUCAAACCCAAAAGUUCUUUGUUUUACACAACAAUUCAACAAAAAGGAAACUUGUUGCACUGAAUAACAAAGAGCAACUAAAUUUUUUUUUACUGUGCCAGCAGAGAAAAUAAUCAUACAUGGGUGUCUGACUACCCUGCUUCUGAGCAUGUGAAAUGCAUCUGCACAGUCAACAUAUAUGUGAGCAGUGCUGUAGUGUGAACAGUGUUUGAUAAUUUCAGUCAUGGUGUCAAAGACAAAGUCUGCCCUGGAAACCACAAGAUUUUUUUCCUUACCAUUCAAAAAGAAUGCAGGAAAGUGUGACAGGGACUGACAGGUUUUUAAGAUUUAAAACAGUGACCUAAUGGUUUGAAAGUUUAAUUGGAAGGCUCUAUUUCUCUCUCCCUCUCUCUUUCAAGGUGAAGUAAUGUGACAGCUUUGUUCUUUAUAAGGUUUAUACUCUUUUUCUUUUACAAAAAUGAAAACAUCAGUUACUUGGUGUCCCACCUCAACCCACCUAACAAAAAAAAUAACUGAAGCAUGCAUACCAUGCCUAUGUUUUAAUCAAUGUGAUCAGAAACUAAUUGAAGAACUUUCCAGAGAGCUAGGAAGAAUUUUGGAUUGUUCAAAUUUUAAAGCUCAUUCAGAGAAAAAAAUUGUGAAUGGUUAUGUUGCUCUUUGAAAUCUAAAACCAUGGUAAGUGGUUAAAUUAUUUUUUUUUUACUCGUAUCCUUUGUAUUAGGGGAUUUAAAAUUCAUUUGAUUCUUGAAGCAUAGUUCUUUGUUAGCUUAAAAGGAAUUUUCUCCAAAUUGUUUUGUCAAGAAGUCACAGUGAAGUUAUCAGUCAGACUGUGACUGAAAACAGUCAUAAAUCGUAUUUAAGAUAAAAAGGCUGCAAGCAUUGUUAUUUAUUGAUCAUCUUACAUUCAGCAUGUCCUUGUAAAAUUGUUUGUAAAUUCAUUGUCAGAUAUCUAGAAAAUAUAAAUUGCAUUCUUCUUUUUCAGAGUUUGUACCAAUGCCAGUGGAAACUAAAUCAGAAGAUUGCAAUGCCACCCCACCAGAGCUAAGUGGGAAACUUCCACUUUUGAGUGAUCUUCCAAGGAUUACUUGUCCUUGGGAAACUGUUCAACUUCCUGUUGAUAUUCUUUUAUUAACAGUGGACGAAUGUGAGUUCUUAAGCUGCUUUGCCUACCUGCAGAAACCUUUUAAGAGUUACCACAUCAGUGCUGGGUUUGUGUACUUUGGGUGCAUGGGUGAUGAUCAAGGAAAGGAAAUGAAAAUUGCAUUGAUUAGAUGCCCCAAAAAUUCUGAUGCUCCUGGGUGUUCUUUUUCUGUUUCAAGAGAUACCAUCUUGCUACUGAGACCCAAGGCUAUUUUUUCUGUUGGUGCCUGCAGUGGCUUGAACAGCAGGACAGUCAAGUUGGGAGAUGUGGUUGUUUCAGCAAAGCUGAUAACAGCUACACACAAAACUCCCCCCUGCAGAGAUAUUGGUAACCUGAUCAAACAUGUGGCUGAUGGAUGGAAGGCACCUUUGCAAAAUGCGGAUGAAUAUAAUGCCAAAGUGCACUGUGAUGGAGUGGUUCUGAGUAUCUCAGAGGCAAACAGAGAUGUAAUCGACCAAUAUCCUGAAGUAAUUGCAGCUGAAAGGGAAGGUGAAGGUGAGAAUUAUAAUAAUUUUGAUUCAUGAGCUAAGGAUAUUUCAGCAGUUUUUCAAAUUUCCCUGACUUUUCCCACAUGUUGCAAGUGAUUUGAAAAACACUUCUGGAAGUUUGUCCAUCUAUUCAACAAACAAUAUACGUGUAACAUGUACAGUAGUAUGAAAACUUUGCAGAAAUUACAUGUACCAGUAUAGCUUGUGUUGAAGUGAUUUUGUGUGAAGUUGCCCCAGGAAUAACUUUUUGCAGGUGAAGGCCACUAAGAUGCCUCUGGGAACAAAAAGAAGAAAAUGCAACACAAACCAUUAAAUAACAAGAGCAAUUGAAAGUCACAUUGUUCUGAUAAUUUUGGAUCUUUUAUUUUUUAAUUGAACAACUGUGCUCCAUUGGGUGCAUGUAUGUAGGCAUGAAUUGUCAAAAGUUUGUCUUGUGAAAAAUGUAGGAAGUUACUGGUUGCAGGAAUUAGCCUCUGGUACAUGUAAGUAACCUUAUCUGAUUUGAUUAACUUGAGAGCAAAGAAUUUUUUUUCAGGAAUACAAUUGUUAGAUGCUAAGAUUGAAUGGGUAUCUGUCAAAGGCAUCAAAGACUUUAUAGAUGACAAGCAGUCUUCAAGUGAGAAAUGGGAAGAAGUUGCUUGUUUGAUGGCAGCAUCUGUAGUGGCCAAAAUUUUGAGUGAUCCAGUCAUGUUCCAAGAUUGGCCUCACUUUAAUGCAGGUAUUGCUUCCUAUCUUAAUCUUUCUUUCAUUUUUACAGUAAUAGAUCUGAUUUUGAUCUGUCUACGUGUAAACAUGUAUAUAUCACAAAUCAAGAUGACUCACAUGCAUCAUAUUUCCUUGAAGAAGCACUCAUGCUUUAGUAAGCACCACCCUUGAAUAAGCUGCCCCCUUCCUCCCUUACUUUCAUAAGAGGUAGAAACACAAGGAAAACCUGUUUCCAUUGCCACUUUAUUUAUAACUUUUUAGCAUCAAUGGCAGCAGAAUCAGUACAGGAGAAUAGUUUAUUUCCUGUUAAAGUUACUUCCAGCUAUAUCUAUUUCCACAUGCUUGCAGAGUCCCUGUACACUGUAUGUGCUUAUCUGUUCUUUGAAUUUUUGUCCUAUUGCUGUGCUAACUUAAUAAGAUACCCCUUGGGCAGCAUUUAUCUUCUGACACUUUUCUGGGAAGAAACUUAUGAGUGCAUUGACAAAUCCAAUAAUGAGGGACAGUUCAUUUCCAUGACCUUGGAGAAUAACUUCAUGUUUACCAUAGUUAGCUCAGUUUAUAUUCAUGUAAAACAGCCAAAACUUUAAAAAUUAGACACUUAAAAUCUGUUGACUUUGUUGAAACCAAUUUAUCUUGAUUUGAAGUGAGUUGAAAUAUAUCCCUCAGCCAAAUUACAACACAUGAAAUACACGAGUCAAACACAUGUCUCAAACCUCCUAGAAAUAUAUUUAUCCAUUUCUACAUAAAUUUUGAUUUUAAAACUGUCCAGAGUGAGGCAAGUAAUGGUACAUGCUUGCACACUUUCAUAUUGUUUUGCACCAUGUUUGGAUUAAGGAAUAUAUUUUAAAUGAAUUAAUUAAUUCCUCUAGUGCUUUUGGCAACGAAAAUGGUUCAAUUUAGUAACACUAUAUUUGUUAAUUAUUUCAUUUAGAUACCAGUGAAUCACCCACACCAGGUAAGAUUAAGUUAAACAUGUUUUCAUGAGUGAUAGGGUUAACUAGUGAGUUUUUGCUGCUAGAAAACAUUUGCAUAUGGAGAUUUGUAGACUGCUUGUGGAAAGUGUCUAUAAUUCUGCAGUGCUGGAUGGUUACCAUUAUACUUGAUCUUUCCAUGACUUUUUGGAAGCUUUCGAGCAAACUCAAAAAGUGACACUUACAUUUAGAACACCUCGUAAUCUCUUGCAAGUCUUUCAAUCGACUUUUACCUUAACAACACAAAGGUUUGUUGAAACGUGAAAAGCUGUAUCACGCUUCCUUAUUAACUCACAAUUUAUUCACUUAAUUGAACGAUUUUACUACAACGCUUCGGUUAACUCCCACUCACAACUCUCGGCUUAUUCGAAGGAAACACACACUCAGCGUCCCGUUGUAACAGUGCCAUAAUAAAACACGUGUCACAUACAUGUUUACUUAGUUAUGUAUUAAUAAACUAAAUCAUUUAUAAAUGUUAAUCAAAUAGGAAUAAUUAACGUGUCGCACAGUUUCCAACAGGUUGAUAAAAAAAAUGAUUAAUUUAAUGGGUGCUAUCCAUUUGCAAGGGAGACAACAACGAUAAAACAAGCAAAAUCGCACGUAAAAUGUUACCUAUUCACUCAAGCCGAAUGUACUGCUUUGAGUAUCAAUUUUAAGGUUGGCUAUAAUUUCUGAUCAGUGUAUCAUAAAGUGCAUCAGACUUUGCAAUUCUUUCCUUCCUGCCGCUUUUAGUCUGGGUUUUUCUCUGUGGGGCAGACCAAACCGACUCUUUUAGUCAGAUUUUGCCAGUUUGAAGGUGUUUGUCAAUAAAUGAGAAUUUUGUAAAUUGAAAAUUACGCCCAUUGUUGUUUUUAGAAUCAUGAUUCAACGCAUUGUUCUCUCUUGAGAGCUAGCGCCAACGCACUGUACGAUUGUUAUUCGAGGACUGUCGAUUCAUUUAUUUAUUAAUGAAGUCGGCUUUUCUUGUCAGUAAAGGGCUAUUGUGUCUCAAGGUAGAUCUGGAAUUUUUCUUUUCGUGUUCAACUUAAAGUAAAUUCCAUAUCUACGGGCACCCAUAUAUUAUUCUGUUUGUAGUGUUUAUUGGAACUAUUUGCUUUGCUGACAAAGAAAGUUAAGAAAAGAGGCCUAUAGGUAUUGCCAAGGGAAUUAAAAUUGCAAUAAAUUUUGAUUAAAAAGCCAGCAAUUUCCAUUCAAAGGCCUUUCUCUGCAGUGGGAAUGACUUUAAAGUGUGUGCAUUCGAUGUCUUUGUUCUUUAUUUUAAAUGCUUCAUUCUUGGAUGGUAAAGCUGUUUUUAUCAUCGCUGUGCUCCCUAAGCUUAAGAUCAGACAAGAAAAAUGGGAUAUUUUAGCUUUAAUAGGCCAGAUUAAGAAACAAACAAUAUGACGCCGAGAAAAACCAAACAGAUUUGAGCAAUAAUAUAUUAUAAAUUUAUAAAAGAUAAUUAUCAAGAGCAAUGGUUAUUAUGAAAAUAGGGAUGAUGAUUGUUGAAGUCUAUCCAAUAUUUUUGCUCGCGCGCGCGAUUGUUUUAAGCGCAUCACGUCGAGUGUGCCCCAGCUAAAACUGGGGAAUAUCCGAAGAUAUACCCAACGUUACAUUCCCCAAUUUUCAACCAUUUUUCUACUAUGAUAAAAGCGGUCGUUAAAAAUUUAAUCCGAGAUGAGAGACCGUUAAGUUAUUGUUACAGAAAAGUGACAUAUUUGAUUGUUCAUAAAGACGUACCGGAGAAAACUGAAAAUCAAACACCACUCGCAGAAAACGUUAAAUUGCCCGUAACCAUUUUUUGGUUAAUUUUUUUUCUCUAAAAAAAACAACUUUACGAAAGUGUAACGACUGGUAUGUUGCCCGCACCAAUCUAAUCGCCACAGACGGGUGCGUAUCACGCGCCAAUCAGAUCACAGCAUUGGGAUAGGUUUGCACCAAUCAGAGUAUUGUCCCUCGUGUCAAUCAUUUAAUGAAAUCAAGGUACUGCUAAAUGGUGCAAUGGAAUCCAAUCAGCAUUACCGCAUACCAAUUUGAGACUAGCAAAGAAUUGUGAGGUCUUCUACUCAGUGUAAUGCUUCAUGUCCUUCGUGACGACUUCGUCGCUCUGAUUUUCUUGAGAUUAGAAAGGUCGUCAGAAUGUUUUUCUACCAAUAAGAAGUUAAAUAGAGAAUAACACAUGGGCGGGCGUAGAUAUGGAAUUUCUCUUGAGUGUUUAACCUUCCACAUUCCAAGCUUUUGAUUUAUCUACGAUGAAACUUGUGGACUCAAUGGUAAAAAUUAUAUCUGACACGAAUAAUUUUUCAUAGGCUGUUCCUUAAACAUAAAUGUCAUGGCUGCAACCUCUGCGUCAUUUACGUCCUCGAAAGACACUACCAACUAUGCAAGGCUAUGCCGCCUCUUGGUGGAUGUUGGAUCUCGGGUGCUUCGGUCCACCUUUGACAAAAUGCAUCCACCAGCGACUCUACAUACAGUUUUGGGAAGUACCUCAGUGCAUUACGCCAAAUUGCAAUCACUGUACAAAGGGAAGAAGAAAGUGCUGAAUCCCACGCAAUGGGGCAAGUUGUACCCUACUCACUCAUCCGUGUCUUCUACAGCCUUCGAUAUCACACUCCUAACGGUGCUUCUUAGAAAUAUCUGUGGUUUGGGCCCUCCUGCCAAUGGAUGGGAUCGUCUUCCCCUAGCUGCAAACAUAAGCAUCGCAGAUGACAUCGCCAGAGUUAAAUAUUACAGGAACACUGUUUACGGCCAUGCUUCUCAAGCCUCUGUGGAUGACAGUAGUUUCAGUGCUUACUGGCAGGAAAUACGAGAAGCUUUGGUGAGAUUGGGAGGAACUCAUUUUAGAGCUGAAAUCGACAGUCUUGAGCAUGACUGCAUGGAUCCAGAUAUCGAGGAACAUUAUCGUGAACUGAUGAAACAAUGGAAGAAAGACGAUGACAGCAUCAAAGACAAACUUGAAGAAAUUGAAGGUAAGAAAAACAUUGUCCAAUGCUAAUAUGGAUGAAUCAGAAGGCUACAAAAGUAGAUAUUUUCAGUUAAACACGACAGUGUAGGCUAAUUCAUGAUGUUUUCAUUUUGGUCGGAACGACUCAUAUUUGGAACAUUAUUUCUAGCGUUAUGUGUGAAAAAUGAAGAAAUAACCCACAUGUUGACAUCCUGUUUUCAUUGGCAGUAUUUUUGUCUGUGUGGCUACUCGUGUACAACUGCUACUUGAGUUUGAUGUAUUCGGAAUCGACUAGAUAUCGAUAUACGUAUCAUUAUUUUACGUGCACCUUAACGUGAGGUUCUGAUAUAAAUAUGCUCAUGAAAUUGCGCAUACCUUUCGAAAUUUUCUGAUUCGCUGGAAAACAUGAGAGGCAUUAAGGAGAGAAACUUCAGAGACACGACUUACAAGAUAGAGAUUGAAAUGAAACAGGUGAAAGAAAAGCUUAGUAGUCUGACGGCCUCAGUUGAAAAACGCACACAAUAAGUUUAGUUGGUAAAGAGAGAUCACAGAAAAAAAUUUUUAAGAGCGACACAGCUCUCGUGCAUGACGACAGUAGUCGAUAGAUGUCGGCUAACACAGCAUAUUUUAGUACUUUAGUGAUCUAAGAGCACACCCUGGCCACUACUCGCACUGGCUGUACAUGAAGAUACUUUGUAAUGGGUGGGAUACCACGGAAUCUGAGAUUUUCUGCCCCGGCUACCUCUCGGAUUUGAUGGUGUUUUGACAUAUGUAUGAUCGUAGCCUAGAUAUGUAAGUUUUACUGCGCGUGCGUGAGGAGAAGGAUCUGGGUGUAGUUACCUCGGACAAACUUACCUGGGACCCACAUGUUCACCUGAUACAGCAAAAGCAAACAAACUUAUAGGUCUUUUGAAGAGAUCAUGUCAUUGUUUACUCAAGUGGCAGUAAGAAGGUCCUUAUAUAUAGCGACUGUGAAGCCUCGCCUUUGUUAUGCGGGUAUCAGCGGCCAUCCCGAGGGGUCGACCCCCGGGCACCCAGGGGCAUUUGUCACAGCUGCCUUGACAAAUACAUGCUAAAGCCCCUCGGGUAGGGCAAAAAAUUGGGACAAAUACCCCCAUCCCUGGAGCAACCUGGGCAACAUAUAGUCGGUGUUGCCUGUUCCUCGAUGCAAAAGUACAAGUGAUCAUGGUUUACUGAAGCCACAUCAGCACUAAAAUCCACACAAGUCUCUAUGGAGUCCUCAAAUUCGAGCUUUCUGGGGCAAACUUUCUUGGCUUGCGGUUGUUCAUCACACUGUCUCUUCCUAUCGGCAAGACGCUUCGAAUGCGAACUAACCGUAUGAAAUUGAAAUCUCGAUGUCGCUUUCCUUAAAAUGCAAUGAACAGAUUCUUGGAUCGCCGAGUGUCUUGAAUUUUUUAUCCGCUCGCUUACAGAAAACCUCCCACUUCUUACGCUCAUUGGGCCUUGUAGGAAAGCAAAAAUAACUAAGAUCAGGUCGUUUCUUACUUCCAUUACGGCACAGAGCAACAGCACAAUACUUGACCAUGUAACACAGGAAAAUAUUACCUCGAGGGCUAGAAGAACAUCGAGCGAGCGAGCUUGCUUGUCCUGUGGCGAAAACCGCUGAACGUUGAGACAGCAGAUUACGUGCAAAUCCCGUGGGUAUGGCCCCGGGGUAUUUUGCCAAAAACGCAAAAGCGCUCUAAUGCUCCACGUGCGGGGCAUGCCUUUGCUACAAAUCCCCUGCUAAGCCCGUGGGUUGCCCUUGGGUUGCCCGGGGAUCGACCCCUCGGGAUGGCCGCUGAUACCCGCAUUACGCUACAGAGGCCUGAUCUCCUGCUCAGAAGUCACUAGAAGUUAAGGUUGAGCAAGUUCAGCGACCUGUCACCAGAUGGAUUUUAAGUUUGAAACCAGGCCAGAUGUCAUAUGUGGAGAAACAGCUCGCCUUGGAUAUGCUACCUCUUGCUUACGAUAGAGAAAUCAAGGAUCUUGUUUUCUUUUACAAAGCUGUUUACGGACACAUUGAUAUUGACGUCUCUGAUUAUGUAACUUUUAACAAUCAUCCAUGUACACGCUUUAGUCAGUCUGCUGGCUGUUAUCUUGCCUUUCCGGCCUGUAAGACCAGCACUUUGCAAGCUUCGUAUUUUGUCCGUAUCGUAAAACUGUGGAACAACUUAUGCCGUGAAGCCUUCCCUAGUGUUUUUACCUAUCUUAGCCGCGUUGAAUCAUUUUUGAAGAAUUUGUAAAAGUCUGUUUUAAUGAAUGUCUUCUAUGUGGACCUGGUCUGCUCAUAUGAAAAGUGAGCAAAUCAGGGUUUUUUUCUGCUUUUUGCCGAUACUGGUAACACAAUGUUAAAAUAUAUUGACUCAAAUUCCACUAAACUCUGACUUAAAAGUCUCAAUGCGCGUCGAAACUUCACACAUUAUUCUAGUGCGCCUGACGAAAAUUGCAAAUGAAGUUUAGUUCUCGUUAUCUACCAAGCUUAUCUACCAAGCGAAAUCUACUAUUUUGAUCAAAAUUUGUUUGGAGAAAAAGGACUUAUGAAAUAUGUGUUUAAUUUAUUGUAAAAAAAAAUAUGUGUGUGUAUAUAUAUAUAUAUCUGAAAGUUGGACAAAUCAAUAAGACAACUUUUCUGUGACUCUGAGUUUCACGCUUACGCGAUCAUCAGACAGAUUUUAAUGACGAGUAUACCUCACUUAGUUUAAAUAUAUAUACAGUAGUUAGUUAAUUAGUAAGUCUAUUGUAAUCUGGUGUCGAUGUUCACUAGGGAGUAUUUGUUCUCAUGGCGGCAUUUGGAAAUUAAUUCAGUUCUUUUGUUAAGGUUGUUUGCUUUGUCGGCUUUAAUAAUGUAUAAUAUUUCAGUUAGGCAGAGGUGACAUCGUUUGGAAAUGUUGUUGUAGGCGCUUGCUGAAGAGGUGAUAGACCAGCUUAUUUUGUAGUUUUCAUUGUUGUCCUUGAGUUUCCAGAUGUGUUUUGCUAGUUCGGUGCGGUUGGUGUAUUUUCUGUAACGGAAUGAUAGUUUAUGUUGCAUAUAUCGUUGUUAGAAUGUUCCUUCAGUUAGUCCGAUGUAGUUCUUUCCUGUGUCGUCUUUGUCUGUGGUCACGUUGGUUUUGUAGAUUACACUGGUGGUGAGGCAGUUGUUGUCUAGCGGGCGUUGGUCUUUUUUUCCACAGUUUCAUCCGUUUUGCGGUGUGGUGGUGGUGUAGGUAAGGAGUUUCUUGUUGUGGUUGUUGAUGAUGCUGCCAAUGUUCGGCAUGCAGCUGUAGGUAAGUUGCUUUGGAUUGUUAUUUUCAGUCCGUGUUCUUUGAAGCGCCUUCUUAUUUCUUUCCGUGUUCUUUCUGCUUGAGGUCCUGUUGUGUUCUUGAAAAUGGCGAGUCCUGUAGAGUCCGAUGUUGUUUGUUCCGUAUUUGUUUGCGAGGUCGUUCAAGAUGAAAGUCCGACUAGUUCGCAUAAUUCUGCGCCGUCAAAGCUUCCCAUUGUUGCAUCAAACAUACCAUCGUUGUCUUUUUUCACCCAGGGUGAUCCGUUGUGGAGUAGGAUUGAUUUUCUGGAAUUCUUGACAAUAUUAGUGUCUUGCUUGGAUAUCUUGGUGUGUUUCCUAGCGAAGUGGUUAGCGUUGGUUGGUAGUUUUUAACUCGUGAAUUGCGCGCAUGCGCAAGAGCGAGUUGUAGAUAUGAUGUGGAGAAUGGCACUCGCUCGCUCGCUCGCUCGAUUGGUCGAUUCCUGUAAACUUUUUUUCGAUUUUAGGCUUUUGAGUGCAUUUGAUAGUUUUUGGCGAGCAAUAAACAAACGAAAUGGCGACCUUUGUGGCUAAGAAUAGUGGUGGGGUGAAAAAGAAGCCAAUGAUAAUCUUAAAAGAGUUUUUUUUUCGUUUUAGUUUCAAUAAGCGGCGCCAGCGACUGGCAGGCAUGCAAGGAUUCACACUGAAAUAACAGAACAACCUUCGUUUUUCAUAAAAUUGUAAUUUUCAAUCCUUGAACUUGAAAACAAUCCGAAGAUUCAUUGAAAAUAUCACUUACUGCGAAGCGCUCGGAGUUUACAGAUGUUCAAAAGCUUUUUCUGUUAUGGCGUGAGAUUUAGGACAAAAUCGAUCAUUACGUUUCGUAUCGUGUGUUUUUCCUGUUUGAAGCGACAAAAGAUGCCGGCGACUGACGAAAUUACAAGUUAUCACGAAAAUCAAAUAACACCUAAACAAACAAUUUUAGCUACCGAUUUUCAGUGAAUUUUUAAAGCACAAUUUUCUUUUCAAGACAAUUUGAAGAUUCAAAAUAAAUAUUACGUACUAAAAUGCGAAAAUUAUACACCACAAAAUUGAUAAAUAGGCCUGAGAUGAAAUUCUAUCUUAUUCUUGAUUAUACGUUGCCUAGCACGUGACUAAAAUCUACCCAGGCGGAGAUCCAAAAUGACGGUGGCAGUCUUGGCUUAGUUAUAUUACUCAAAACUUGUUCCCGAUUGUCUCAUUUGAUAAAGAGGGAAUCAUUAAUGUUUUCAUUAAGACAGUAUUGCCUUGGUUUUCUAAUAUUUAAAAUGAUAGGCAGUAAAUUUCACUUUUCACCCACAUUUACUUCCAACCUUUUCUUUUGAACCAGAAACAAAAAUGAUAUACGUUUAAAACACGUGAUAUCAUCCACCCAUGUCAAACGUAAUAGCAUGAUCAUUUCAAUUGUAAUGCCUUCUUAUCCCAACGUUACUCUGCUUCUUUGCUGCGAACACUGAACUACUGCUCGUACUCUAGAUAUGACAAUCAACCUCAAAAUUCCCUAAACCAGAUAACAUUAAACAUAGUCCAAAAAAUCAUGUGUCAAUUCACGAGUUUGCUCACAGAGCACUUUGAUUCAGAUAUGGAAGGGUAAAAGCUUUCGAUGUCGAAUACGGUGAAGGCGUGAAGGUGCUUGUCGGGAAUAUUUUUGAACCAGUCGAUUAUAGAGGAGGAAUUUUUCCAUUGGUUACGGGAUGUUUUGUUUCUUACGUCGGUGUUGAUUCUCUGGAGUAUUUGUUUACUUAUUCGACCAAUUUCGCUUUUGGCUGGGUUGAUUAGGCUGCAGGUUGGAUUUUUGGCGACAUUCUCUUUGUGGUCUUUGAGCGAUAUGAAGGGUUGUCGUUCUGCUAUGCGUUCGGUUCGGUCUUGGUUGUCGAGUAGUGUUGCUAUGGCUUUUGCUUCUUGGUUAAUACUGUGAAAAAUGCCUUUGCUCGCCUUUUUGUGGGUUGUCGUUAUGCUGUUUUGUACUAGUUUUUCGUGUUGUGUUUUGUCGAGUUCGUAGAGGUUAGUUGUUUUGUCGGCGGGAAUGAAGGCUUUCGUGGAGCUUUUGAUUCUUUGUAUGUCCUUAUUUCGCUGGGUUUGAAAUUCGUCUUGUGUCUUUCUGAAUUGGAUGUUGUUUACCAUGUCCACGAGGUCUGCUUCGAAUCUAUCCAGAUCUUCAUGUUGAGGGUGGCAUUUUCGGGAUUUAAAUCCGUAUUUAUCGUCGGUUCGGUGUCGGAAUCGGCGUUGUGUGUGUGUUGGUUUCUUUCAUCAGAGUUUUUUUUUUCCGUGGAAAUGAGCUUUCCAUCUCAUUCGUUUAAUAACGCUUUCGACUUUUUCGAUUAGACUUUUUAGGUAGGAGUUUCUGGGAGGUAUAGGUAUAUUCUUCAUCGAGUAGUUAAAUCUUAUCUGUUCCAUCUUUGCGCGUUGCGGCUUCGACUAGAGUGCUCGACUGUGAUAAGCAGGAGCGAUUAAUAAAUAAACCUUGAUUGUAGUCCAUCCUUGUCGUAUAUUUUUAAAAUUUUUUUUUAUUACAAUUAGAUUUCUCUACCUUUAGAUGACAAUUUUGUACAAUUAGAUUUUCCUCUUACUACGACCAGAUUUUAUUUUUUUGUAUAUAUUUUAAAUCCCUCUACUUUCCUUGGGUAGGCACCCCGCAUGGGUCUGAGUUUCCCGUUCGUGCCCAUACCCUUUGGGCUUUAAUUCGUCAUGUUUGUACAUUUUUCAUUUUGAUCAUGCCCAAUAAAGUUUGACAUAAAGUGAUGUAAAUGUGCCUAUGAAAUUGUGCUUAUCUUACCAUUCCAGAUUCGCUACGUGACUUCAGAGACACAUCUGAGAAGAUAGAGAUUGAAAUGAAGGAGGUUAAAGAGACGUUGUGUAGCCUGACGACUACAGUGGAGAAAAGCACAGAUGAAGGUUGGUUGUUAGAAAGAGCUACUCUUAAAUAAACUGAACUAUCAACAUGGAUACCGUUAACUUGAAUACAUAACACAUCUUUUGAGCGUGACCACAUUAUUCGCUUGAAGUCAGCAAAUUUAACAUACUUUUAGUUAAUGUAUUGUUGGUAGAGCACACCUCGGCUACCAACCUACUCUGGCUACAAAUGAAGAUACUGGGUAAUGUGUGAGAUGAAUGGGAUGGCACGGAACCCAAGGCUACCUUUCUGCCGUUGUAAACAUGUCCUGUAGAGAGAGAGAGAGAGAGAGAGAGAGAGAGAGAGAGAGAUAGAUAUCAUCCUAUCUUAAAAAGAUUCAGUUUUUCAAUUUCUCUGGAAUAGGAAGUCGCCGUCAAACCAAUAUUUGCCAUACAUGAUGGUCAUUAUUGUGUCGUCUUCCUCAACGCUCUACUAAGCGAUCGAGAUUUAAAAAAAAAAAAGUGUCUGCAAUGGGUUACUUUUCCCGGGAAAUCUUGAUCCAUCGUCAUUGACGCCAGGAAGUCACGUUGUUUUAUUGGUUUACGGUUUCAGGGGGCGAGAUAAUCUCCUGGUAUGGCGCGAGUUAUUUGCGAACCUUUAGGAGCUAAAAUCUCGCAUUUGAUUUUGGGAGGAAUACAACCACUUUGAGCGAAUUUAUAGAGUAUAUAGAUUUGACCGAUUUUCGUCAAAUUUCGCCGGAAUAUCCUAGGAAUAAUAACAAAUGAAACUGUGGUGGGAAAUUUUGAUAUUUGAAAUAUUUGUCCCAUGGCGUCCAUUUACGUAACACGACUCGCGUAUUUUUAGCUACCCCAACUUAAGAUGCCGUUAUCUACGCAACCAAUCAGAAUAAAGAAAAAGCCUGACAAACUUAUGUUGAUUCAUGCCUUGUGAAUGAGACUGUGGAGCCAUUUUUCUCGUGCUGCAGCAUCCGAUACCCGAUAAGAACCUUCGGUCGUUUCACGCUUUACCGGCUCCUUACACUUCCUUAAAAGGAAGGUCGCUUAAAUUAACAUUUUAUCCUUAACUGCAUUUAUCAAGCUUUCUUCUGAUACAUAGUUUGCUAGGAUUUUAGUGAAACUAGCGCGCGUAUGAAUUUUCUCCCGAAGGACACCCGCGACGGUGUAGGCCAGCUCGUGACGUUUUCUAAACGUAAAUCUGUGAUGUAAAUGUGCUUAUGACAUUGCGGCUAUCUUUCUUACAUUUUCAGAUUUGCCAGGUGACCUCGGAAACAAAACUGAGAAGAUGGAGAUUGAAAUGAAGGAGAUUCAAGAGACGCUUAGUAGCCUGACGACCGCAGUGGAAAAAAGGACAAAUAAAGGUUGGUUUCCAGAAAGAGCUACUCACAGAUAAACUGACCUAACAACAGUGAUUCCGUUAACUUGAGUACAAAACUCAUCUUCUAAGUAUGACCUCGUCUUUCACUUGAUGUUGGCCAAUUUAGAACUUUUUGUUAAUGUAUACUGUCGUAAGAGUACACCCUGGCUAUCAACUUGCUCUGGCUACAAAUGAGGAUACUAGGUAAUGUGUGAUGAAUGGGAUGGCACGGAAUCUAAGGCUACCUCUCAGAUUGGAUUGUUUUCUGACAGCACUCGUACACAUUUGGCCUAGAAGGGUUAUUGUCUUAUUUUAGUUUUACUUUUGUCAAGUGUUGUAAAUUGCUUUAAUUCUCUGCUCAACGCUAACCACUCUCGAUUACAAUAUUCACUCUCGAAGAAUUUUCCACCGCUCGCUCAUUAAAUAGAUCGACUAAAUCACUCUCGUGUACAAAAAUCUCUUAUUGUCUCUGAUCAGUUCCAGUAAAAUAUUAACCGCGUCACACCCUUAUUUAAUAUUGCGUAAUCAGAUUCUCGAUACACUCCCUUCAUGUUUUUCACUCAAGUUUGACGGCCUGGAAUAAAAUGUUCACACUCAUCAUAUUGAUAAUCAUUUCUUAAAGGUAAACAAAACGACUCUCUAUAGUGUAAGUUCGUCAGCUAAAUGCAAGCUGAUAGCACUGUUCAUUCGGACUGUUCAUUUCAGACUUCCUCUUGGAUAAUCUCUUGCAAACGCAGGCGUGCUGCAACUGCAGCAUCCCGUCUUGGGCGAAAUGGAGCAACCUCUGGGUUCAUCCCCGCCUGGGAUGCUGUCAUUUGCCUGUCACACGAUAGUUCCAACGGGUAAAGUUGUUGGAUCGCAUGUUCCACGUAGGACUUUCCUGCGCGCAAUUUUGCUCCUCUAACGACUCCGUCAUUUCCAACGAUCAAAUUUUCGAUGAUUCCCAGCGGCCACUUCCCUCUGUUCUUGUCUUUUGUUUUGAUGAUCACUACGUCACCAACAGCCGGCGUGUCUCCUCCAGCCCCUCGCUGUGCACGGUGUCUCUCACGAAGACUGCGCAGGUACUCUUUGGUCCAUCGGCUCCAUACUGCUUCCUUGCACUUCAGCAAGUGUUUUGCUCGCUUUCGCAGGUCAACGGUCUCAAUGUGGUGCGGCUGCAAUUCUGGGAGCAAAUUGCUGUUCAAAAACAACAUAGCAUUCGGUGUCAGAAGGGACAUCUGCACGUCAUCUUCUACGUAGCUUAAUGGCCGGUUGUUAAGCGUGAUCUCCACGUCCAGUAGGACUUCUUGUAACUCGUUCCACCAUAGUAGCCCAUUCCCUAUUGUCUUGUUUAGGGCUGACUUGACAAAACCAAUCAAUCUUUCAAACUGCCUUCCCCACCACGGGGCGUGGCUCAGAUUGAAUUGCCAUUUGAUCUGAUUGAUGGAGAGGCAUGUCUGCAGUCGUUCGUCUUUCAUGACAGCUCUAAUCCAGUUUGCUGCGCCAACGAAGGUUCGGCCGUUGUCUGAAUAGAUUCGUUCCGGCCGUCCUCGGCGCGCAAUAAACUGCUUCAAACUCUUUGGGCACUUUUCUGUUUCCAGGUUUGGUAGGAGGUCAAGUUAAAUUCCUCGCGUAAGACUGCAGGCAUAUAACAGGACAUAGGCCUUUCCCUCUCGCUGUUUAGACACUCGAUAUCGGAUUGGACCAGCGUAGUCCACUCCAAUCACUUGGUACGGGUUGGUCCCUUGAGUACGGGUAGUCGGCAGGUUUCCAGGCGGCGGGGCUGCAUAUGCCGAUGCUUGAAACUUCUUGCACCCAUGACAGCUCUUGCGCACUUUCUUCGUCAGCUGUCUCAAUUUUGGAAUCCAGUAACGGGCACGAACCCUGGCCAUUGUUAGCCCCACUCCCCCAUGCAUUGUUUCUUUGUGUGCUUCCUCUACUGGUCGGAGGCCAAGUAUGCUGGUUUCUGGUAUGUAAACUGGAUACUCUCCUUGUAUUCGGCUCCAGCACUCUAAUAGUCCCUCCUGGUUUGGCUGUAGGUUCAACGCCACGCGAUCUCGUUCAAUGUCACAACUCCUCUGAGCCUGUUUCUCCCAGAAGAGCCUCUGGCGGUUCGUCUCUUCAGUUGUCAAUGGUCCUUUAAUGCGUGGUGUUCCUCGGCUACGGAGAGAGUUGUGUGCGAAUCUCCGCAUCCACGCACAGAUACGUACAGCUUUCUGUAACUGAAACCUGUGUAGUACUUCUGCAAUCUCGUUCUUCUCGUUUACUGCGACUCCGAGCACUUUCUGCACAAGUUUGACUUCAGUUUGGCUUUCUUCUGACGGCUCGUUUAGUACAUCCGCUGGCCAAUGUUCUGGAAAUCCAAGCCACUUUGGUCCAUGCCACCACAGAUCGGCUUUCUCUACGUGCCUUCCACGACUUGCAAGAUCAGCGGGAUUCUCUGCUGUGGGAACAUACCGCCAUGUCACCUCUUUGUGACUGUUUAUUUUUUGCACGCGAUUGGCCACGAACUGUUUGUACUCUCCUUGCCCUCGAAUCCAGUACAAGGCCACUGAACUGUCCAGCCAGCAGUGUGUACUUCUUACAGGAAGCCCGUCCAGAGCGUCUUUCACGUUGUCAACAAGGUUCACAGCCAUGUGACCAGAGACCAGUUCCAACCGCGGGAUGGUCAGUCCUUGUUUGGACAGUCUCGAUCUGGCUGCAAUUAGGCCCUGCUUAGUUCCGGAUGCUUGUCGGAUGACUGCAUAAACGCAAGCUGCGACUCCAUUGGAACACGCGUCUCCAAACGAAUGCAGAUCGAUUUGCUCGAUUUCCUCUCGAUGAACAACCAGAGAUCUCGGUACCGCAAACCUUUCUGGUAGUCUGCUUUCCCACUUGACCCACAGCUUGGCAAGGUCACGUGAUAGGUGUGCGUCCCAGGCUCCUUUCGUAUCACAAACUGCGCGGUAGACGAGUUUGCCACAAAGUGUCUCAGGCGAGACAAGUCCCAGGGGGUCAUAUAUCUUAGCUAGCUUAGCUAAGAUACCUCUCUUAGUCAGCGUUGCUUUCUCUGGUGGGACUGUGAUGCUAAGUGAGUCUUGUUCUUUGUUCCACAGGAGUCCAAGCUUACUAGAAAAUGUUCCUUGUGGGACUCCUAACUGCUGCUUUGCGUAGGUUGGUUCUCCUUCUUCUUUAGGAGACUGCUCUGAAUCCAACUCAGGGACGUUUGAGUGCCACUUGUGCAGGUUGAAACAAGCGUCUUGGAAGAUUUCUUUAGUCUUAUCUUUUAGUUCUCGAGUCUUGCACACUGUUGUUGACCCCGAGAUUAAGUCGUCAACGUACAGUUCCUUGCGAAUCUUGGCUACUAGUUCUGGCUCUCUCUCCUCCCAGUUGUUAAAGUGAAUCUCGAUCACUCCCCCCAGCAGAAAGGGAGAUGGCGCAAGUCCAAAUAGAGCUCUGGUAAAUCUCAGGGUCUCCAAUGGCGAUUGUUCGUCUCGGCGCCAGUGAAAGCGCAUUGCGUCUCGGUCAAUCUCCUUUACUCUCACUUGUAGAAAUGCUUUCUGUAAAUCGCCAGUAAUGGCCACAGGGUUAAAGCGCCCUCUUACUAGAACGCUCCAGUGUUUGUUCUGAAGAGGUGGGCCAGUAUACAAACAGUCGUUGAGUGAAGGGGCGCUGUUGAAGGCCCUUGCCGAAGCGUCGUAUACAAUUCGCAGUUUCGUUGACUCUGCCGUGGCUCUCACGACAGGUUUGUGUGGUAUGUAGAAUUCUCGGCCGUUGACUGAGGACUCUUCUGCUCUCUCGACAACUCCUCCUUUUUUCUGCUCCUCGAUGAUUUCUCCGUAUUGACUUGUAAGUUUCUGACGCUCAAGCUUCUUGUUUAGACUUGCAAGUCUUCGUAGACUUCCGUCCUUAUUGUUUGGUAGCACAGGAUGAUUUCCUCGCCAAGGUAAACCAGUCUCGUACCAGCCCUCCUCAUGUCGCACAAGCUGCUCUUUGAAUUCGGCAUACACGCUGCUCUGGUCGUUAGGGGGUGUGUCAGACAAGCCAAGUAAAUCAAGACGACAAAGUUCCUCGUAGUCCACAUGUGAUGUUUGAGUUAACAGUACGUUUGUUAAGUCCAGAGGUUCUUUUCCUGGAGAUAUGAUAAUCCAACCGAAUUUCGUCAACUCAGCCACAGGCUGCUCAGGCUCACCGAUCUUCGGUACGCUCUCGGUUUUCAAUUUAGCGAAGUCACUGGCUCCUAGUAUUAUGUGCACUGGUAAGCGACUCUUUGUGUCCACAUCGUUCAUAACAACUCCCGACAAGUGUGGGUUUCUCGCGAUCACUUCUUGAUACUUUGGGUUUUCUAGGAUAAGCAGUUCUCCUUUGUCUACUUUAGUGACUUCCACGGGCAUUUAAAAUUUUCUGUUUUCAUCAGAAAUGGUGAUAGUAGCCAGCUCCACUUCUCUUGUUGACGCUCCUAGCAACAUCUCUAUUUUCCGGACUUCUUUCUUGUGCCCAAUGCUUGAAAUGCGGUCCAAAAGGGCUGCAGAUGCGUACGAGCUCCCAGCACCUGCGUCCAACAAAGCGCGACAUUUAAUUCCUUCUACUUCGACAACAACAACUGGAUAUGUCACAUUUCCGGUUGGAAUUCCUAUGGCGACAAGGAGUGGAUUGGCUUGGUUCUCUUGCUCGUGACAAAUGGACGUGUGAUGUUUGCGAUCACAGAUCUGACACCUCUAUUUGCCCUUACACUCAUCAGCGCGAUGUCUUGUACCGGUGCAAUUAAAGCACAGUUUUUUCUCUGAUAGAAUUUUCUGUCUCUCAUGAACACUUGUGACCUUUGUACAAUUAAUUGCUCUGUGAUUGUCAUCUUCGCAGUAGACCCACUGGUUUCCGGAACGCGGCUUUGAUUGAUGUGUAUUGAAGAUAGGUAGGGGCGGUUUAAAUUGUUGAUUUCUUUUCCCUGUUUGGUCUUUCUCUAAUUUUUCUACGGCAAUCUCUUCCACUGGAUUAAUUUGGGUCCACUUCUGUAGCUCCCUCAAAAGAUCUUUGAACCCCCAGUCUUUCCAGCCUUGAUUCCCACGCACCAAAUCAGCUUUGAUUCCUUUGAGCUUGUCUAAAGUACAUCUGACGUUUCCCUUGACAUCUGCGAGUUGUCCGAGCGUGUCUAAACUUUGUACGUUGAAGCGCAGUUAUUUGUAGAACUCUUUGACCUUUCUCGGAUUUGCGCCGGUAAUAAUUGGCAGCUCCAUAAUGUUCUUAAUAUACGCAUUAACAAUCUCUGUCGGCUGUCCAUAUUCCGCUUCGAGAAUAGCCUUUGCGUUUGCGUAUCCUUCAUCUGUAAAUGGUAGCCCGUCAAUAUCCUUCCUCACGUGCUUCUCCAACAGCUCUUUCAGAUAUCCAAAUUUAGUGAGGGGUGCCAGAUUAGAAGAAUCUAUUUCGGAGGUAAAUUUUCCGCAGAAUGGGAGCCAUUCUUCUAUCUUUUCAUUGAACUUCGUUAUGGAUAAUUUGGGGAGCUUGGCGGCUGAAGACGAUUUGCAUUCUUCGGUCGUUUUGGGUGGUUAAUUUUUGCUGUUUGCGGUCUUUCUCAAACUUUGCUUUCUGCUCUAAAAUCUCUCUCUCAAACUCCAUCUGCUGUUUAUGAUUCUCAAACGGUCUUUUCUCCUGCUUUUCCAUAUCUAUCGCUUGGAUUGCGGAUUGAACUCUUUUUGUUGCUUGGUCGGCUUUCUCGAGGUGUUGUUCGAUUUCUCCGCUCCAUGUUUUUAUCGUGUCCUCGCUCUCUCCUUUCGUGAACUUCUUUUCCUCUACUGCGGACUUAAGCGUAUCCACUGCACUAACAAUACUUGCAAUCGAUGAUUGGUGGCGCUCCAAAGAUUGUCAUUCUCGGUUUUCCACGAUCUCGUCGGUUUGGUGGAGCUUGAAGUAAAGCAUUUUAACUUUGGUGUCCAACUCUGCUAUUUGUUUCUCCGUCAUAUUUGCUCGGGUCGGAUUCUUGCUCUUGUUCGAGCACUCUCACUUUCGUCUCGUCCCGUCGGAGGUGCCACUUGUGUUGUAAAUUACUUUAAUUCUCUGCUCAACGCUAACCACUCUCGAUUACAAUAUUCACUCUCGAAGAAUUUUCCACCGCUCGCUCAUUAAAUAGAUCGACUAAAUCACUCUCGUGUACAAAAAUCUCUUAUUGUCUCUGAUCAGUUCCAGUAAAAUAUUAACCGCGUCACACCCUUAUUUAAUAUUGCGUAAUCACAUUCUCGACACAAGGACAUAAUGAAUCUAACUUCCUAAUCCGUUUUGUGACCAGCAUAUUCUUGAACAGACUAAUGCAAUCCUUCCUCCACUCAAAAUUUAUUGUAGAGUAUUCUAUUUUACAUAGAAAAAUCGCUGAAUGAGGGUCGUGCUAGUAAAAAGGGGCAGAAUAAGGUGUAUGUGGUUAUUUUACUUUUCCCGUGCGAAAAACUGUGAACUUUGGUUUUUUUUAAUUAGUUCUUACAAUGUCGCUUUUUACCGACAAAAAUCUUACUCAGACUAUCGACUUCAGUUAUAUCAAUAUUUAUCUCCCGAGUUUCAUUAUCAGAAACCGCUGAAGCCGAGCCAUAACUUUUUUUAGAAUGUUGUAUAAAAUGAAAGGAAAAAGCAACAGAGGAAGAGAAAAGGAUCUUUUUAGCGAACUUUUAAAGAAUAAAGUGACUCUCACUCGGACUAAAAGUUCCAAUGUUAUUCGUCGAAAGGGUCUCCUGAGAAAAUGCUAGGCAAAAUGGCAAAGAUGGACAACGAACUGAAAGAAGUUAAGGAAAUGCUGUGUACUUUGACACCCCCAGUGGGAGAAAGCAAGGAGGAAGGUCAGUUGAAUUAUACAAUAAACGUUAUCCUGCUUAACCACAAAUUUAGCCGUAGUCAACAUGGCCUGUAAGUGAGAGAGGGAGAGAUCAUCCUAUCUUAAAGAGAUUCAGUUUUUAAAUUUAGACAAUCUCUGGAAUAGUCUCAGCGGUGUGCUUUCAUUCCCUUCAAUUAUUUAAACUUUCACCCGUAAUUAGCCUGGAAACAUUAUAUUUUAUUAGAGUGGGGAACGAAAUAAAAUAAAGCACAUUUUUAAAGAAAACACUGGCAUUAAGUUCGGCUCGAUGUUAGAAACUAACAGAGUAGGUUCGACUGCAUUUAUAAGCUAAAUGGCUUUUGGUCAGUAAAUUAUCUUGAAUCAUACAUUGUUCCUUUUUUUCAUUGUCCAAGUAAUUAUUUUGGCAAUGGUGUCGCACUCGUUCGCUUAUUUAAAUUCAGUGCCGAAUACCUAGUAGCAUUAGAUGUGAUUCACAUAUUUCUGAAUAAAAUAACCAAACCCUUCCUUCACUCGUAUUGUGGAGUAUUCAAUUCUACAUGGGAAAAUAGUUGAAUGAGUAUCGUCUUGAGUAAAAUAGGUUAGAAUAAGAUGUAUGUGGUUAUUUUACAUUUCCUGAGGAAAAGACUGUUGACAAAACCUCUCACUUCAUCACAGGCGAGCCUCCGGUUUUCUGCAGCACUUCUGAUGAAACUGCGUGACAAAGAAGGCAGAAAGGCGUUGUUUGGUUUUCAUUUAUUUGUUCGUAGUCGCGCUAUAUCCCGGUAAAGCCUUGCUCAAACUACGGCUCAAGUGAUAUGAAUAUUUAUCUCCUGAGUUAUUUAUUUUACGACAGAGUUUUACUGUCAGACACCGCUAAAGCCGAACAAACAGAGUAGGUUCAACUGAAUUCAUAAUCUGAAUGGCUUUUAAUCAGUAAGCAUGAAUCACACACUAAAACCUUUUGGCAUCGUCCAAGUAAUUUCUUUGGCAACGGUAUCGUACUCAUACACCUAUUCAAAAUCAGUGCCGAAUACCAGAGAGGUACCACAAUUUUCAAUGCUGCAUUCAUUAGAUUUCUUUCUUAUUUUGCUACUGCUAGGUAUUUUUGAUCCAACUGAGCUUAUCAGUGGAAUUCGCCAGCUGUACAAGACUCGCGAGGGAUGGCUCACACCAUUUCCAUGGUGUGAAGAGUUUCAGUUUUUUCUUGGCAAUAUUUUUACAAGGCUCAAAGUGGUCAGAAGAAAGAAAACGAGAGGAGAAAUCACUGACGUAGUUGUUGAGAUGUCGUCAAUACUAGACCCGUAUGAAGAGUGUUCAGCGCCGAGAACAGUGUUGAUUGAAGGAGAACCUGGUAUGGGAAAAACCACCUAUUGUAAAAAGUACGCUUACGACUGGGCCACUAAACAGAGAGAGCCUGAGGGCUGCGGCUCAACAGCAUUUAAAGUGGUAUUGUUGCUGAAAUGUCGAGAUAUCCAUUCUGACGUUUGGGAAGCCAUUGAUGAUCAGCUGCUGCCCCGAGACAUCGAUGAAGAAGUCAAACAACAAUUCUUUCUGUUUAUUCGUGAAAAUCAGUCCAGCAUUUUAUUGAUAUUGGAUGGAUUGGAUGAGUUACCGUCCAGUAAAUUGUCGAUGUUUUCCGAAUUGAUUGAAGGAAGAGUACUCCCCAGAUGCCACAUAGUUGCAACAGCAAGACACGAAGUUGGAAAAGAGGUGAGAAAAUAUUGUGACGCGCUGCUUCAGAUUGAAGGAUUCACUGAAAAGCAUGUGAAAGGAUUUGUCACCAAGUACUUCAAAGAAAGGACGGAUUUAGCCACCAAGCUCUCGCAACGGAUGUCGCGUGAUAAAAACCUGAGAGAAAUAGCGGCCAAUCCUCUAAACACAGCACUUCUUUGCCUUUUAUGCGAAGAGUUUGAGGGCACACUCCCCGAAAGCAGAGCUCAACUGUACUUGGAUAUGGUUGAAUGUGUUUUGAGAAGAUAUAGAAAAAAAAAGGGACUACUAGAAACGAUCGAAGACUUGACAAACUAUUACAAACCGCAAUUGAGUCACCUUGGAAAGGUAGCGUUGAAUGGUUUACUUGACGAUAAUCUGGAUUUUAAUGUAAGUGAAUUGAGAAACCAUGCAAAAGACCUGACUGAAUUUGGAUUUCUGUCAGUGCAGCCUGGUGGCAGCAAACUGAAACAAACACUGCAUUAUGCCUUCUUACAUAAAAGUUUUCAAGAAUUCUUUGGAGCAUUCUUCAUUUGUUCUCAGAUUCAAAGCAAGGAAAUGAAACCUGAAGAACUAGUUUCCGAUCCAAGGUAUUUCGUUCAACUUAAACAAAUACUUUUGUUUUCGUGUGGAAUUUUGGCCAUGAAAUGCGAUGAACAGGUUGUGGCUCUUGUAAAGAGUUUAACAAAUGAAGUCAACAAAAAUGAAGGCGGUGGUGCAAAAAUUGUAUUGGAGGUCAUCAACGAAUGCAAAAGAGAAAAAAGUGAUUUUCACUCGCAUUUAUCGAAGUCGUUUGGAACUGGUUUGAAUCUGACCAAUUUGGAUUUGUCUUGGAAUGGUAUUAGUGAUGCGGGUGCUACAUGUAUUGCUGAUGCAAUCAAAGUGAACAAGACGCUAACCAAUUUGGAUUUGUCUCGGAACGGUAUUAGUGAUGCGGGUGCUACAUGUAUUGCUGAGGCAAUCAAAGUGAACAAGACGCUAACCAAUUUGGAUUUGUCUUGGAAUGAGAUUAGUGAUGCGGGUGCUACAUGUAUUGCUGAGGCAAUCAAAGUGAACAAGACGCUAACCAAUUUGUAUUUGGCUAGGAAUGGUAUUAGUGAUGCGGGUGCUACAUGUAUUGCUGAGGCAAUCAAAGUGAACAAGACGCUAACCAAUUUGGAUUUGUUUCGGAAUGAGAUUAGUGCUGCGGGUGCUACAUGUAUUGCUGUAGCAAUCAAAGUGAACAAGACGCUAACCAAUUUGUAUUUGGCUAGGAAUGGUAUUAGUGAUGCGGGUGCUACAUGUAUUGCUGAGGCAAUCAAAGUGAACAAGACGCUAACCAAUUUGGAUUUGUCUUGGAAUAAGAUUAGUGAUGCGGGUGCCACAUGUAUUGCUGAGGCAAUCAAAGUGAACAAGACGCUAACCAAUUUGGAUGUGUCUUGGAAU